UUGUCCCCAACAUCCGGAAUCCACAGACGCCACGAAGCGGCUGCUGUAGUGUAGUGACAUGCCAAUGGCUGUGAUUAGAAGUCUAGUAGCUCAUUGCGCAGAGUUAUUUUAGUUUUAGUUACCUGAUUUUCGUUAUUUAUUACAUAAUACACUUGAGUACAGCUAUUCUAAAACUUCUUGACCUUCAUGAUGUGUUCGAUGCAGUUGGUUUACUUAGUUUCCAGGACGACAGUACGAUAAAGGCAGAAAGUCCGAUACGCCUAUGAGUUUGCUUAUACUGUAACGACUUUUAGCAGAAACAUAAUUCAUCUUCUUUCAGUAUAAGAAAGUAAAAGACAGAAUGGCAGAAUGUGUAAAGGUAAUUGUUCGGUGUCGACCGAUGAAUGAUCGGGAGAAGAAUUUGAACUGCAAAUGUGUCCUCAGUAUGGAUACCUCUCGAGCUUCUUGUCAGAUUGCUAAUCCCAGUGAUCAAAAGGCACCACCCAAAAUGUUUACAUUUGAUGGCUGCUACUUCUUGGAUUCUACAACUGAGCAAAUCUACAAUGACAUUGCUUAUAAUCUUGUAGAAGGUGUUACAGAAGGAUAUAAUGGAACCAUAUUUGCCUAUGGACAAACAGGCUGUGGAAAGUCAUUUACUAUGCAAGGAAUUACAAAUCCAUCAGCUCAGCGAGGAAUCAUUCCAAGAGCAUUUGAUCAUAUAUUUGAAACAGUAAGUGUGUCAGAAAUCUGUAAAUUUCUCAUCCAUGCUUCGUACCUUGAGAUCUACAAUGAGGAAAUCCGAGACCUAUUAGGCAAGGAUGUUAAGGCAAAGCUGGAACUAAAGGAGCAUCCAGAAAAGGGUGUUUAUGUAGCUGGUCUCUCCAUGCAUCCAGUGCAUAAUGUGAAAGAAUGUGAACGAGUCAUGAAUCAGGGUUGGAGUAACCGAGCAACUGGUGCCACACUUAUGAAUGCUGACUCCAGCCGCAGCCACUCCAUCUUCUCCAUCCACAUGGAAAUGAUCACAAAUGAUGAAGAGGGAAAGGAACAUAUUCGUGUGGGAAAACUCAACCUCGUUGACCUGGCUGGCAGUGAAAGACAAGCCAAAACAGGAGCAACAGGUGAUCGACUAAAGGAAGCAACAAAGAUUAACCUUUCACUUUCUGCACUUGGAAACGUAAUCUCAGCUCUAGUGGAUGGAAAGUCUAAGCACAUACCAUACCGUGACUCCAAACUGACACGCCUUCUCCAGGACUCUUUGGGUGGAAACACUAAGACAUUGAUGGUGGCAUGCUUAUCACCAGCAGACAACAAUUAUGAGGAGACUCUAAGCACUCUCCGCUAUGCUAACCGAGCUAAGAAUAUCAAGAACAAGCCAAAGAUCAAUGAGGAUCCAAAGGAUGCUCUCCUGCGACAGUACCAAGAGGAGAUUGCUAAGCUGAAGGCUAUGCUGGAGGGCCAGAUCCCUAUUCCCAAAGGUGGCUUUGAUAUAGAUAACGAUCAAGAAUUGGGAUCAGGAGAUAAACACAGAAAAUCUUCUGUUGACAACGCUCGUCAUGAGCUGGAAAAAGAAAAAGAGAGAAUCCGUCAGGAAUACGAGGACCAGAUGGAGGAGUUGAAGAAAACGAUGGAACUGGAGAGAAUCAACAAGGACAAGCUGCAACAGGAUAUGGAUAAGCUUCGGGCUUUUUAUGACACAAAGUUACGGAAUGUUGAUGGCCAGCUGGCAGAUCUGCCACCAACAUCUGCUGUUCUGGAUGGUGAAGUAGAGUGGAGUGACGAAAUGGCUGCUCAUGCUGAAAAAUUGAAAAUGGGUCGUGAAUCUGGCAGCAAAGUACAAAGUUUGGCAGUUGGCACUGCCAUAGACUCUGGGCUACCUAGAGAAGAGAAAGAUGGAAGUAGUAUUGCCAUUCCUACACAUAUUUCCUCUGAAGAUGCUUCCCUUGUGGGACCUGAGAUCUUUGACAUCAGUAAACCUCUUAUACAGGGUCCUGAUGGAUUGCCUCAAGUACAGAAGGAAAUGUAUGAGCUGACUGGAAAAGUGGAAGACAGGCUGAAUACGCAGAUUUCAGACACAACUGUGCCUGCACCUGCUUCUGAGGCUGAAAACAUGAAUAUACAGCAGCAUGAGGCACUCAAAAGGCUGCAUGCACUUGAGCAACAGAUGAUAGGUGGAGAAAACGUGGACAACAGGGAGUUGAAGGAGCGACACAAGAAACGUAAAAUGCAUGCAGAAGAUCAGCGCAAGAAGCAACUCAUUCGUGCCAACCAUAAGAUGGAUGAUGAUGGCAUAAUGAUAAGCAUUUACAAUGAAACUCAACAAGAACUAAAAGCACGAACAGAAACACUAGAGGAGAAUCAAAAACAGAUUGAAAGUCUGGAAAGGGAGAUAAUUGAUCUGCAGGCAGAGUUUGAGUUUGAUCGUGUUGACUAUCUUGACACUAUACGAAAACAAGAACGUCAAAUAAAGCUGCUGGAUGCUAUAAUAGCUCGUAUCCAUCCAUGCCUUCGCCGUGACUGCAACUACUACAACAUUGACCGUAUCCGCACAGAAUGCAAGUGGAAUGAAGAGGAAGAGCAAUGGAUUCUGCCAAAGUUGGUCAUUGAGAGGACAGCUUUGCCCACAACUGGAACGAUAAUGCCAGGAAGCAAAACUGGGGACCAGAGCAUGAAAGGAUAUCCAUCUUCAAAUGGAGAGUUUGAGGAUGCUCACAUGAUUGAAGACGAUAUCACUGAUGACAGGUUGAGAGAGCGUUUGAGACGAACAGAGGACAUCAGUGCCUCAUACUUUCAGACUCGUAGACAAAGUCAGUUGUUGACAGGACCAGAACCCAUAAAUAGGAUCAAUAUGAGAGAAGUCAAAGACACCUAUGGAAUCAGCUCCCAGACAACAAAUGGUCUUCAUAAAGACUCUAUGAGCAGCGGUCUUCGUGCAGCACAAGUUCACGGCCAAGUGAUGAGUGAUGAGUUGGUGAGACGACCCAUUCGUCUUGAUGCCCUUCCAGAUGUCAAAGGAGGAAAGAAGGCAAAGAAAAAAAAGGGAACCUCAGAACCUUUCUGAUUCUGAGUCAGGGCUUUAUUUGUGCAAUCUCUGGUGUUUAGGGGUGUACAAUUUUCAGGGGAUUUAUGACAUUCUUUGUUCCUAAUGAUAUCAUUGUCAGUUUUCUGCACUUUAGUUGUUUAUCAAAAACACCAUUCAGACACCUUGAGAGUCUUCUCUGUUAAAUGUUAAAGUACUUUUGUCGUUUUGACGGCUUUUGCUUAAGCAAUUUAAUAUAUUUUAAAAAUUUUUGCCGAGAAUAUGUAAAAUAUUUUAAAAACAGUUAAGCAUGUAGAGACAAAAUCAAAAUUCCAAGUGCCUCCAGGCUGUCUUUUAACAUAGCUGAAGACUUACAAAUAGUGACAAAUUUUGCAUCUUGCAAAGAUAACAAUUUGUCAGCUAUAGAUUCAACAUAUUUCUCUGCAACUUCUUUAUCCAACUUUUAUAGGGAAACUUUUCAAGUUUUGGUUUGAUUUCAACAAACUUUGUUAUCUCACAUCUUUUUGUAUCACACAGUUUGAACUGAUUUUUCACAUUGGCAAGUGAAGUUGGAAAAUUGUUAAAUUUUUUUAAUUAUUAUUUUAAGAGUAAAGGUGGGUUGAUUUUUUAUCUAGUCCCUCUCUUUCUUCCUGUACACAUGAAAAUCUUUGUCAUGUAAGCAGCACUGUAUUCACAUGUUUGAUAUUUGUAGCACCAUUUCUGUGGUCUCUCUACCAAUAGGCAUCUGUCUGACAAUCACAUGACACACCUCCAAACAACUGGACAUGGCUUAUGCUGCGAAGAUUACCAGAAAGCAUAUGUCAUGCAAAAUUUUAUUCUGAUGACUUUACACAUUUCAUGAUAGCUAUGUGUACUUGUGCAUCCACACUUACAUUAUGCAUUUGAGUGAAUGUAUGAGAGAGAGAGAGAGCAUGUGAGUGUGAAUGCAUGCAUGUGUGUGUGUAGGAGGGGAGAACACUGGGUUUGUGAGAGAGAGAGAGAAAGGGAGGAAGAUGAAAGAGAUUACUAGAAUAUUAAAACUUUCUUACAGUACUUGCUAUUUAUUUAGAAAUGCUUCUGUCUGAAAGAUAUUGACGCACACUGUGGAAAUACCAUUUUUAAUUUGUGGUUUAUAGACACAUAAAUGUAGAAAUGCACUUCAACUUAACCGUCCCAGUUUUAGUGAUAUCAUUGUUAUCAUUGUCACAAUCAUCAUCAUUUUUGUUUUGGGUGAUAGUUUGAUAACGGGGGUGCUGCUAGAAUGUGUUCAAGAAAAUUAAUUAAAAUUAGCUAAAUAAAUUUGCAAAACCAUUACUUUCAUUAUUUAUCUGCACGUCUGAAAAAAAUGAUUAAUACUGCCACAUCAUCAGUGGAUUAAAGUUGUUUCUACACUAUU